AAUAAUGCAAGAAAGCUUGGCGUCCGAGGAUUGAGGAACGCACCAUGACACGUCGGCUUUCUACGCAUGCUUUCUACCUCUUUCUGUCGAUGUGACGUCAACAAGAGGCUAAACCUAUGGGAAGCGAGUAUCGGCCGUCCAAUCAGAAUCGUAGGAGUCACACAUCCGCCUUCCGCCGCACGUCCUACUGGCUGCUCUUACGUUUUGUUCGUGAACGAAGUGAGCUCGCCAUGGCGUCGCGAGAAGGACCCAGGGCCACGGGAACGGACGGUAGCGACUUCAAGCAUCGCGAGAGAGUGGCCGCCCACUACCAGAUGAGUGUGGCGCUGAAGUCCGAAGUCCGCAAGCUCAACAUCGUCCAUGCCCUCAUCUGGCUCCUGAUGGCCGCCCAGGUAAGGGCUGUGUUGCUACGCAAAUUUUGAUCGUAAUUUCGAUUUUUGGGUCAAGCGAUCUCCAAACCAAUAUAAUAGGGUUUAAAAGUUUUUUUUUAUUUAUGUAUAUUUUCUUUUAAUUAUGUAUAUUUAUUUUAUUCAUUAAAAUAACAGCUGGAUACAUAUUUGUACGUCAUAUUUUUUCA